AUGGCGUUUGCAACAUUUCCUAAAGAUUACAGAAAGCAAUUGUGGAUGGACGCAUUGCAAUUAAAACAAAUAAGUGCUUGGAACCGUAUCUGUUCAACACAUUUUAGUUCAGAAAGCUAUGUAAACAAUGGGUCACGUAAUGUUUUAGUCAGAGAUGCUAUUCCAUUUGCUACAAGAGAGUUAUUAAAUUUCCACAACGAUGAAGUUUUGGAUCCUGAUGAUCCAGUGAAUAAUGUUCCGAUUUCUCAAGUAGAGCGAAAAAUUAGAAUUAUCCGUGGUCCUUGUCAACCAAAACUUAAUAUGUACCCUCGUACAAAGUUUGGAGAAAAGCAACGUAGCUUCAAUAGUUCCUGGUAUGAUCAGUUUAAAUGGCUUGAGUACAGUUUAACAGCAGAUAGAGCUUUUUGUUUUCCAUGUCGGUUAUUUAAUAAUUCAUCCGGUAUUAAUGUUGGUCAUGCAGAAGUAAAUUAUUCCAAAGUUGGGUUCAAUAAUUGGAAAAAUGCCACAAGCAAAUUUAGAGAGCAUCAAUUAACCAAGACUCACUUGAAUAGUACUAACUCAUUAACAGAUUUUUUACAAUCUAAGCCUAUCGACAUAAUUUUAGAUGAAAAUAAUGAACAAAUUCAAUCACAAAAAGAAAUACAAAGAUUGAAAAAUAGACAAAUAAUGAAUCGUCUAAUAGACAUAACUCUUUGCUUGGGAAUCGGAGGACGUCCAUUUCGUGGAAAAAAUGAAAAGGAUAGUAGUUUUAACAAGGGUUUAUUUAAAGAUAUUGUAACACUUUUAUCAAAGUAUGAUCCAGUACUAAAAUCUCAUCUAGAUUCAGGACCAAAAAAUUCUUCUUAUUGUAGCAAUCUAAUUCAAAAUGACUUAAUAUUAUCAAAAUAUCCAGUAGAACAAUUCAUUUGUAUGAAAAGAAUUAUGUCGAUUGACUCUGAAACUAUUUUCAACACACUACAGGAUGUUAUCAGUGAGUAUGAUAUAAAAUGGGAAUCAGUUGUUUCUAUGUGCUUUGAUGGGGCAGCAACAAUGUCUGGCAGUUUAUCAGGGGUUCAAGCGAGAAUUAAAGAGAAAAAUGAAAAAUCGUUAUUUGUUCAUUGCUAUGGACAUUGUUUAAAUUUAAUUUUAGUAGAUUCAGUUGGAAGAGAAAAUAAGGUAACAUUCAAUUUUUUUGGAAAUAUUCAAGUCAUAUACUCAUUUGUCGAAGGAAGUUGUACUAGACAUGCUAUUUUGGAAAAAAUAGCAAGUAAUAUCAAUAUAAAACUGAAAACAUUAAAGUCAGUAUCUACGACUAGAUGGGCUUGCCGCGCCGAAGCUGUGAGUGCUGUUAAAAUAUAA